AUGCCUCAUGGAACUCUUGAAGUUGUUCUUGUUAGCGCCAAAGGUCUCGAGGACACAGAUUUUCUGAAUAGCAUGGAUCCUUAUGUGCUCUUCACUUGCCGUACUCAAGAAAGGAAGAGCGGUAUCUCAUCAGGACAAGGAACAAGUCCAGAAUGGAAUGAGACAUUUCUCUUCACUGUCUCUGAAGGAACUACAGAGCUAAUUGCAAAAAUCUUUGACAAAGAUGCUGGUAUUGUGGAUGAUUCGGUUGGUGAAGCAACUAUUCCAUUGGAGCCGGUUUUUAUGGAAGGAGAGAUCCCACCAAUGGCAUACAAUGUGGUGAAAAAUGAAGAGUACAAAGGCGAGAUCUGGCUCGCGCUCUCUUUUAAACCCUCGGAAAACGGAAGGGGAGGCUUUGAAGAUGAGAGUUAUGGAGGAUGGAAAAACUCUGAAGCAUCAUACUAA